UCAAAUUCAUUUCAUUUCACAAUCAUCACAAAUCCCAAUUCACAUUCUUUAUAGUUUAUCUAACGUGCAUUAAUCAUUUUUAUGUUUACGUGUUUCGAGGGAGGUGGUUUUAGAAGUUAAUUUGAAUAUUAAUUGUUAUUAAUUCAAAACCCUUGUAAACUUUCUAUAGUUACUUAUUAUAUUAAUAUAAAUGAUCGUAUUUACUUUAUACAUAUUAACAUAGAAGAACAAAUUUAAAUUAAUUCUUACAGAAACACGCGGUUUACGAAGUUGAUAAACAAGCUAUAUUUUUUGUGUUGUUUAUUGUGAAUUAUUGAUAAUAUAAUGUCUGAAAAUGUUCUCGUCAUCGGGAGCGGCGGUCGGGAACACGCCUUGUGCUGGAAACUCGCUGAAUCUCCGUUAGUAAAGCGUGUUGUUUGUGCUCCCGGCAGUGUUGGUAUUUCUUCUACGAAGGAUAAUGUAGAGAGUGUGGAACUUGAUGUCAAAGACUUUCCUGCCUUAGCAACAUGGUGCAAAGACAACUCAAUAGACUUAGUUGUAGUCGGUCCAGAAGAUCCCCUUGCAAAUGGCAUUGUCGAUGCUCUCCAAGCGAAGGGCAUCAAAUGCUUUGGCCCCACCAGAGCUGGUGCACAAAUAGAGGCCAACAAGGACUGGGCGAAGAAGUUUAUGCAGAAAUAUCAGAUACCCACUGCGAGGUACAAAUCCUUUACUGAUGCAGACGCUGCAAAGGAGUUCAUUAGAAGUGCACCAUAUUCCGCGCUAGUCGUUAAAGCGUCAGGCCUCGCAGCUGGCAAAGGCGUUGUCGUGGCCUCGUCCAAGCAGGAGGCCUGCCAAGCGGUCGACGAAAUCUUGACUGAGGCCAAAUAUGGGGCUGCUGGUGAGGUGGUGGUUGUCGAGGAGUUGCUGGAAGGUGAAGAGGUUUCGGUGCUAGCGUUCACCGACGGCGAGACGGUGUCGAUGAUGCCACCGGCGCAGGACCACAAGCGCAUCGGCGACGGCGACACCGGCCCCAACACGGGCGGCAUGGGCGCCUACUGCCCCUGCCCGCUCAUCACGCCGGAGCAGCUCGCCGACGUCAAGGACCAGGUGCUGCAGCGCGCCGUGGACGGGCUCAAGGCCGAGGGCAUCAAAUAUGUCGGUGUGCUGUACGCCGGGCUAAUGGUGACGAAGGCGGGCCCCAUGACGCUAGAGUUCAACUGCCGCUUCGGGGACCCUGAGACGCAAGUGCUGAUGAUGCUCCUGGAGACAGACCUCUACCGCAUUAUGAAGGCCUGCGCACUGGGUACACUGAAAGAGGUUCAAGUGAAGUGGAACACUGGCAUGUCGGCCGUGGGGGUGGUGAUUGCUUCCAAAGGGUAUCCCGAGACAUCUACCAAGGGAUGCGUUAUUAGUGGUUUGUCGCAAGUGUCCAAAGACGAGGACAUAGUGGUGUUCCACAGCGGAGUCGCCCGCGGCGCGAACGACUCGCUCGUGACCGCCGGCGGGCGAGUGCUGCUGGUCGCGGCCAAGCGCGCCUCGCUGCGCACCGCGGCGUCGUCCGCCACCAACGCGGCCGCCUCCAUCGACUUCCCCGGAGCUCAGUACAGGAAGGACAUCGCAAGGAGAGCGUUUUCCAAAAUCAACGGUUUGUCUUACCUCGAAAGUGGUGUGGAUAUAGAUGCGGCUGCAAAUCUGGUUCGUUUGAUCGAGCCGAUAGCCACGGCCACGCACAGGAGAGGAGUGUUGGGCAGGCUGGGCUGCUUCAGCGGCCUGUUCCAGCUCUCCGCCAUGGACUCGCACCUCGCGGACCCCGUGCUCGUGCAGGGGACUGAUGGCGUUGGGACUAAAGUUAAGAUAGCAGAGAUUAUGCAGAAAUACGACACCAUAGGCCAAGAUCUAGUGGCCAUGUGCGUCAACGAUAUUUUGUGCGCUGGGGCCGAACCGUUCGCGUUCUUGGACUACAUGGCGUGCGGACGCCUGCAGCUCACGGUGUCCGCUACCAUUGUGAAGGGGAUAGCUGAUGCCUGCAUACUGUCGGGAUGUGCUCUGCUGGGUGGAGAGACAGCAGAAAUGCCAACUAUGUACGAAAUCGGCAAAUACGACCUCGCCGGGUUCGCUGUGGGGGUGGUGGACAACCUCAAGCAGCUGCCGCGCACCAAGGAGAUCCGCGGCGGGGACGUGGUGCUGGCGCUGCCGUCCACGGGCGUGCACAGCAACGGGUACAGUCUGGUGCAGAAGAUCAUGGCGGAGACUGGCCAUAGCUUCCACGAAAAAGCCCCAUUCAGCAAAACAAACAGGACUUUCGGCGAGGAAUUCCUCGAACCAACCGGCAUAUACGUGAAGGCGUUACUGCCCGCUGUGAAGAAGGGCCUCAUCAAAGGUCUCGCGCACAUCACGGGCGGAGGUCUUCUGGAGAACAUACCACGGAUACUGCCGCCGAGGAUCAAAGUCAAAUUGGACGCUACCAAGUUCACCAUAAAUCCUAUUUUCGGAUGGCUACAAGCUAAAGGUCGCGUAUCUGAUUUCGAAAUGCUGCGAACGUUCAACUGUGGCGUCGGCAUGGUGGUCAUAGUGGACCCCGUGUGUGUCAACGAGCUGUUGUGUCUGGUGGAGGACACCAUCGCCGUCGUCGGGACUGUGGAAGUUAUCGGAAAGGAGGGAGGACAUCAAGUGGUGGUGGAGAACUUCAAAGAAGCCAUGGCGCCCCUGACUGCCCCGUACGCGUCCAGCGAAGGCGUCACCAAGAAGUCUCUCUCGUACAAAGACAGCGGCGUCGACAUCGAGGCCGGGGACUCGCUCGUUUCUCUCAUCAAACCUUUGGCUAGAUCAACAUCACGUUCGGGAGUUCUAGGCGGUUUGGGAGGAUUCGGCGGCUGUUUCCAACUAAAAGCUAUUGAACAGGAGUAUAAGGACCCAGUGCUGGUGCUGGCCGCGGACGGCGUGGGCACGAAGCUGAAGAUAGCGCAGCGCAUCAACAAGCACGACACCAUCGGCGUGGACCUGGUGGCCAUGUGCGUCAACGACAUCCUGUGCAACGGCGCCGCGCCGCUCACCUUCCUCGACUACUUCGCGUGCGGCGCGCUCGACGUCAGCGUCGCCAAGAGCGUCGUGGCGGGCGUCGCCGACGGCUGCAAGCAGUCCUCCGCGGCGCUCAUCGGCGGCGAGACGGCGGAGAUGCCGGGCAUGUACGAGGCGGGCGUGUACGACAUCGCGGGCUUCGCGCUCGGCGUGGUGGAGCGCACGCACAUCCUGCCCAAGAUCAACGACAUCACGGUGGGCGACAUAAUCAUCGGACUGCCGUCGAACGGUGUGCACAGUAACGGGUUCAGCCUCAUACACAGCCUCAUGAAGAAGGCAGGACUGGCCCUCAAUGAUAAGGCGCCCUUUAGUGAGGAGGGACUUACGCUUGGCGAGGAGCUCAUCAAGCCGACGCGCAUCUACGUGAAGAGCGUGCUGCCGGCGCUGCAGCGCGGCGCGGUGAAGGCGGUGGCGCACGUCACGGGCGGCGGCCUGCUGCACAACAUCCCGCGCGUCAUCCCCGAAAGCGUGCGCGCGCGCCUCAACGCGCACUGGUGGAACGUGCACCCGGUGUUUGCGUGGAUAGCAGACGCAGGCGCUGUGAAGGACGACGAAAUGCUUCGCACCUUUAACUGCGGCAUCGGAAUGGUGCUUAUCGUUUCGCCUGAAAAUCAAGCUGAGGUGAUGAACAUAACGAGGUCGCACGGCGCGAUGGUGAUCGGCACGAUGCAGGCGCGGCCGGCGGGCGGCGCUAGGGUGGUGGUCGACAACUUCGCCUCCGCACUCGACUUCACUCGCAGAAUGCCCCUACUCACCAUCAAGCGGGUGGCAGUUCUAGUGUCGGGCAGCGGAAGUAACCUACAAGCGCUGAUAGACACGACCCGCGACUCGUCGCAGUGUAUGUGCGCAGAAAUAACCCUUGUUGUCAGUAACAAGAAGGACGCUUAUGCCUUGCAGCGUGCCGAAAAAGCUGGAAUACCGUCAUUGGUAUUCAACUUUAAGGAGUACGGCAGCAGGGAGGAGUUCGACCGCGCCAUCUCCUCCGCGCUGGAGGCCCACAGGAUAGACGUCGUGUGCCUCGCAGGGUACAUGAGGAUCCUGUCCUCUGAGUUUGUGCAGAAAUGGAAGGGUCGCCUGAUCAACAUCCACCCGUCCCUGCUGCCGAAGCACCCCGGGCUGCACGCGCAGCGCCAGUGCCUGGCGGCCGGCGACCGGGAGUCGGGCUGCACCGUGCACUUUGUCGAUGAGGGCAUGGACACGGGGCCGAUAAUCACGCAGGAGAAGGUGCCCGUGCUGAAGGACGACACGGAGCAGUCCCUGAGCGAGCGCAUCCUGCAGGCCGAGCACCGCGCCUACCCGCGCGCGCUGCGGAACGUCGCCACCGGCCGCGUGCGGCUCGGCUCGCGGGGGGACAUCAUGUGGCACUCGUAGAUAUCUUACUUUGUACCACAACAGGAAUAUGCAUGCGAUUGGAUUUGAGACCAGAUUGUUCUUUGUAUUCCUUUAUCCUUAUUGGCAUACAGUCGUCAUACCCACGACAUUUUAUUAAUUUACUCAGUUUAAAUUGUUAAUUGGAAUUGUUUAAAAGUGUGCAAAACCUCUGGAUAAUUCAAUAACGGUAAAACGUUCGCUGAUUCGUACGAAAAGUCACGUAAGCGCGCACGUUAACAAGUUCAAGUGUCUGUUAAGACUUUUUAGAAUGUCUUUUGACAUUUGUGACGUCUUAAUCCGUUUUCGUAAAGCGCGCUAAAAUGGUGACGUUUUAUAUGUCAGCUAUUUAAAGUUGCAGAAAAUGAUUUUUUAUGUCGAGAUUUUAGUUUUAUCAUAUUUUUGCUGUAGGAAAUCAAUUAUAAUAUACAUGCGUAUUCCUUAUUGUUGCAUAGCCUGGCCAAAUAAAUAAGAAACCUUGCUAUAUUUCGGAAAAAAGGAUCUAAUUUCUUCCAUAAGCAUAUAAAAAUACUUGUGGCGCCCUCCAACGAUGUUUUUCAUAUUUCUGAUCAGGCCAGAACCAAUGGCGUAUCUAUGGUAGAUACAAAAUUUCGUUAGUUUCGGCUAGUUGACACUAUUUUAAUUGUUCCAUGACGUAACGUAACACUAACCUUUAAUCAAACGGAGGGUUUGACAAAAUUAACAUACAAAAUGGACGACAGCGUUUUUGACGUUUGGAAAACUUGAAAAAAUACAUGAUUUUUAAAAAAAUCCCCAGAAAUGUCCAUUGCUGGGCUUAUUUUCACGCCGCACGUGUAUAUUGUUCCUUAUUUUUAGCAUUUAAAUCUGUGUGACCGAUUUUAUAUACUAAGUUCAGUGUAUUUUAAAUACUUCUCGAUAAAUUCCUGGAUCAUUAUUUGUAAGUGUAAGUUUUCCGCCACAAGAAGGACAAUGUGAGACGACCGAGCCAUUUUUAUGACAAUUUAUAAAAAAAAAGUGUGUGUCAGCUCCGACGCACGAAUGGAGUUUACUCUUUCAGAUCGACUGUCUAAAGAGUUGUAUGUUGCCCCGCAGCAUACACUAUGUACGUCUCAAUACUUACGCCUGAAAAGUGAAAGGUGCGCAGAAUAGGUUCCGCACGAAAAACGUAACGCUGUCAUUCGUUCAUCGAAUUUUACUGCCCAUAUUUUUUUCAUACCGGGGGCUAUAUAUGAAACAUCGAUUCUUAAGGAGUAAACUCCAAAAACUUAUUUUAAUUAACUGUUUUCGAGGCUUACCAUUCCGUCAUGAUAUUUAUUGUUUCCUGACAUGACGUUAAAUGAUAAAAAAACAUAAUCAGUUAAUCUCACCUUUAAUAAUGGAAUGUUAAAACUGAUUUUUAUAUUUUACUGUACCUAUUUCUUGCAAAAAGGUCAUACUAUCUAAUUAACAAAGCCAUUGUGAUAACAUUUACAAUUUAGAAUAGGAACCAUGUCUUUAUGUAUCUCGAAUAUAAAAGAACUUAUGAUAUCUCGAAUUUAGAACUUUUAUAUUUUUUACAUUAUACAAAAUUAUGCAAUUAACUGAUAAUAGUUAAUUCAUAUGAAGCAAUUAGAAAUCAAAAAUAUUGUCUAGUUAUUUUAGUCUAGGCAACUUUUUUUUUACAACGUAAAUGAUUUUGUUUUAGACGCCCAUAAAUUGCGCCUUUAUGAGCAAAAUAUUUUUGUAAUACAUGUGCUUUUAGAAGUAAGUUAUUGCUUUUAUUCAAAAUAUUGAAUAUUUUUUGUAUAUUUAGUACAAAAGUGUAAUAAGAGCCUUUAACUUAACAUUCCUGUAACAUGACGUGUUAGGGCGAUGCCUCAUUAGUACGUUGCGACGACGUACGACGUCAUAGCGCAAGGGGACACGCACCCUGUCAGUCUCAUCAAUGCAUUACAAUUUUGUUCGCCGUCGCACUAAAACUCUUACAGCGAAGCACAUCAUCCUCUCCGCGCUUCGUCUCUCGUCCUUUAAUUCAUUGAAACGUCGCUUGCAACGACGCAACGCUUUGGUUGUGUCAUGACAUGUAUAAUAUAUUAAGUAUAGAAAAAGCUGCAACGUAGACGCAACGCACUUAUGAGGCAGAAGCCAUAGUUGUAGUGCUUUCGAAUCUUCCACAUCAGUGCCUUUAGACGAUGCAUUUUAUAUGAAUAUUUUAGCUCAAAAAUGUAAUUAUACUCGAUUAAGCAGAUCUAUUCUCUAUUAUAUUUUAAUGUUAUACAAACAUUGUUUUUAGAAAUAUUUUUCAUGUUGAAAUUGUUUUUAUACCUGUUUAGGGAAAUGUUUUUUAAGACGUAAGUGUAAUGUAAUGUUAAAUAAAAUAUAUAAAUUA